AUGCCGCCGCGAAGUUUUGAUAGACUCUUGGAACUGGUAGGGCCUAGGAUAACAAAAGCGAAUACCAAGUUCCACAAGGCCAUUCUGCCAGACCACCGCCCAGCUUUGGCUGUGAGAUUUUUGGCAGCUGGCGAGACAAGAAGGUCCUCGUCAUUUAAUUUCUUGGCUGUAUGGUCGACCGCCUGCAAGAUAAUUGCCGAGGUCUGUCAAGCAAUCUGGGAGGUCGUUGGCCCUGUUUAUGUAAAAUGUCUGUCAUCGGCAGCUGAGAGGCUCAAGGUUGCAAACGAGUUUGAAGAAAAGUGGAACCUGCCUCAUUGUAUUGGAGCCAUUGAUGGCAAACGCGUGGUCAUUGAGUGCCCCGCCAAAUCAGGAACCUUAAACAGGAAUUACAAAAGCAGUUUCAGCAAGUCAUUGCUUGCGAUAAGUGAUGCAAGUUACAGGUUUCUGUAUGUCGAAAUUGGGCACUUCGGCAGCGAGUCCGAUGGUGGUGCGUUUGCACGCAGCAAGUUCCAGGAGUUGAUUUUGGCAAAUCAAAUUGCAAUUCCUGAAGACUCCGAGAUUGGCAGCAUUGGCAAGAUGCCCUAUGUUUUUGUUGGAGAUGAGGCUUUCCCUCUGGAGACCUUUAUGAUGAGACCUUAUUCUCGCAAAAGUAAGCUACAACAGUCUUUUUAUGCCAUUUGUGCUGUGUGUUCUUGUAGUGGCACAUUGUUUUUCUGUAAUUUUUCUUUACAUCAAGUUUAUCUUGUACAUUGUUACAGCCCUUCAACUGCUCUUCGCCGACACAUCUGGUGCAAGUCAGCCAUUUGAAGAGAAACAUCAGAGAAGAAUAUUUACCUACCGACUUAGCCGAGCUCGCAGAGUGGUUGAGAAUGCUUUUGGCAUUAUGGCACAGAGAUGGCAAAUUCUUCAACGGCCAUUUAAAGCAAAAGAUGAUAAUGUCAACAGAAUUGUGUGUGACUGUGCUUGUGUAGCGCUACACAAUUUCUUACUUCAUGAAUCGCCUGCAUCUCGAGCUGCAUACUGUCCACCUGGAACUGCUGAUUGUGAGGACUGGCAA